CGAUUCCACGAUCUCUUUCGAAGCGUGAGGUGUUCCAUGUGAUUUGUAUAAAAAAACAGUAUACGUAAAAGUUUUGUCAUUUUAUGAAGAAUUUGUUGUUAAGAGAAACACCGUGAAAUGAAACCUUUGAUGUUACAUGGGCACGAACGUGCUAUCACUAAGAUAAAAUACAACAGAGAAGGAGAUUUGUUGUUUUCUGCCAGUAAAGACAAACAGCCCAAUGUAUGGUACUCUCUGAAUGGAGAACGUCUUGGGACUUUCAAUGGCCAUAAUGGCUCGGUAUGGUGUAUCGAUGUCAAUUGGGAUACCACAAAAUUAUUGUCUGGUAGUGGUGAUAACACAUUGAGAGUAUGGGACUGCAUGACUGGAAAAGAAAUAGGUCUAUUACAUACAAACAGUUCUGUGAGGACGUGUGGUUUUAGUUAUUCAGCAAAUCUUGCUGUAUACUCCACUGAUAAAGCCUUAGGUCAUCAAUGCGAAAUGUUUAUUAUGGAUGUAAGAAAUGUUGCAUCCACAAUGUCGCAAGAAGAUGCAAUCGCUAGAAUUUCUGUUAAUGGACCUAGAAUUUCUUCUGUAUUGUGGGGUGCUCUAGAUGAGACUAUCAUCACAGGCCAUGAGGAUGGCGAAAUCAAGCUAUGGGAUGUGGGGACCGGGAAAAAAUUGUCUAGUACUAAAGGUCACAAGUCUCAGAUAAAUGACAUGCAGUUUAACAAAGAUGGCACCAUGUUUGUAACUGCAUCCAAGGAUCACACAGCUAAACUUUUUGACAGCGAAUCUUUGAUGUUGUUAAAAACGUACAAAACAGAAAGACCUGUAAACUCUGCUACAAUAUCACCAAUUUUUGAUCACGUUGUUUUGGGUGGAGGUCAGGAUGCCAUGGAUGUCACCACGACAUCUGCUAGGCAAGGAAAAUUCGAUUCGCGAUUCUUUCAUUUAGUAUUCGAAGAAGAAUUCGCACGUCUGAAAGGCCAUUUCGGUCCUAUUAAUUCUCUCGCUUUUCAUCCUAAUGGCCGCAGUUACUCAACUGGCGGAGAAGACGGAUAUAUGCGUAUCAACAAUUUUGAUCAAUCAUACUUCGACUUCCAUUUUGAGUAUUAAAUUUAUUAUGAAUUUAUAUGUGUAUAUGAUAAAAAAAAUAUAUCAUUUUACGAGAAUAUAACUCUGUGUGACUCAUUUUUUUUUUCAAAAGCAACCAAAAGCUCUGUAAAUACAAGUGUAUGUGACAAAAUACAUCUAGCAAUUAACAUUAAAUAUUGUUUUAUUAUAAUAACACAUAUUUUAAAUAAUCGUAUAUAGAGAAAAAGUUUUACACGUUCGAGAAUUUCUUACAUAACUUAGGAAAAUAGUUUUCUAGAUGUAUUUAACAGAGUAAAAAACGCGUUAUCUAUUUCAUAUACAUACUUUUGCUUGAAAGUAAUACAAAAGAGUUUACUUUUUUGUCUUUAUAUCAUGUUACAACUUAACAUAUAAAUUAUAAAUAUAUUAGUUACAGUUUUAUAUAUAUAUAUGUAUAAAUUUUAACGUGUGUGUGUGUGUGUGUGUGCAUAUCUCGUAAUAUGAUGUAGAUAUGUAAGCUUCGAAACAAGUGGAAAGCGUUUACUUUUCUCGCCCAAGCUGAAUUCUGUCAACUUUUUUUCUGAAUUAUAUAUUUUUUUUUUUUUCGAAGGAUAAUGCGUACUACAAGAAGAAGUUUAUAUGCUCAAUAUGUUGGUACGCGCGCUUUAUUUUUAUAAUCAUAUAAUAUUGUACAAAUUAUUACAAUAAACUAUAUGUUUCUGUAAUUAUGUCUGUUUCUUAAUUUUACCAACAUGACUUGCCUUUAAGCGUUUGGCAAGGUAGCAGAAUUAAAUAAUACAGCCGUACAAGUGCAAAAACGCACUAUCGUAGUUUUUUUUUUCACGGUUUUUCUCUCUAAAAUUAUAUAUCCUACAAUAACGUACAAAAAUUAUCCGGGGCAAAUUGAAAUUACUAAAUUAAACCCGUUAUUUUUUUUUCCUUUUAAUGACUAUCUACAUAUUAAUGUAAUCUUAUACUCGUUUUUUUUUUUCGAAGUGUACACAAGAAGAACGUGAAA